AUGAACGUCUUCCGUAUAGCGGCAGAUAUGUCGCAUCUGCUUGCGAUUAUUAUUCUUCUGCUCAAAAUCUGGAAGAGCAGAUCAUGUUCUGGGAUCUCGGCAAGAUCGCAGAUUCUGUUCGCCGUUGUGUUCACCGCUCGCUACUUGGAUCUUUUCACCACUUACAUCUCCCUCUACAAUACCUUCAUGAAGAUUACUUUCCUCGUUGCCACCUACGCCACCGUUUACUUGAUGUUCUUCAAGUUCCGUUCCACCUACAUGCGUGAAUCAGACACAUUCCGUAUUGAGCUCCUCAUUAUUCCAUCUGUGGUCCUCGCCUUCGUUAUCAAUCAUGAUUACGCUCCAUUCGAGCUGCUCUGGACUUUCUCCAUCUAUCUGGAAGCCGUUGCCAUUCUCCCACAGCUUUUCCUUCUUCAGUCCACUGGUUCCGCUGAGGUUAUCACUGCUCACUACUUGUUUGCACUGGGUUCGUACCGCGCUCUUUAUAUCUUCAACUGGAUUUACCGCUAUUACACAGAGGACUAUUUCGAUCCAAUCGUUGUCGUUGCUGGAAUCGUACAGACUGUUCUUUAUGCCGAUUUCUUCUAUCUUUACGUUACCCGCGUCGUCAACACUCGCAAGGGAUUGGAACUUCCUAUCUAA